UGUACGUGUGCAGUGAAUGGGCAGAGCUGUGUUGCUGUGCCUGUGUUGUAGAGUUCGUACGGUAACUGAGGAGCAUCAAAAGCAGUCAGUCUGUCCGGCCUAUAAGUCAACGAUUCAACCGAUGGCGUUUGAGAAACGAAGAACAAUUCCUCUCGUAAGCGGUUUGACCGGCGGCAGCGAUACCAAGCCGCUAUUUCUUGAUCCGAAAAUGAAGUUUAGCUCCAGCUUUCAUCAGUCUCCAGCCACAGCCGAUGCAUUUCUUCUGUCGCUUCCCCAUAUCGGCCGAGCCGAUGCAGCACUUCCCUGUGAUGCGGCACCAUUUUAUGGAAUCUGACAUGGACUAUGAGAGGCCAAAUGUCGAGACAAUCAAAUGUGUGGUGGUUGGAGACAAUGCAGUUGGAAAGACCCGUCUUAUCUGUGCCCGGGCCUGUAACGCAACGCUUACACAGUACCAGCUACUUGCCACCCAUGUGCCCACUGUCUGGGCAAUAGAUCAGUACAGAGUCUGCCAGGAGGUUCUAGAAAGGUCAAGGGAUGUGGUGGAUGAUGUCAGCGUGUCCUUGCGUCUCUGGGACACUUUCGGGGACCAUCACAAAGACCGCAGAUUUGCGUAUGGCAGGUCUGAUGUGGUGGUGUUGUGUUUCUCCAUUGCAAACCCAAACUCACUCCACCAUGUGAGGACGAUGUGGUACCCUGAGAUCAAGCAUUUCUGUCCCAGAGCUCCUGUUAUCCUAGUGGGCUGCCAGCUCGACCUGCGGUAUGCUGACCUGGAGGCAGUGAACAGAGCUCGCAGGCCACUGGCCAGGCCCAUUAAACCCAAUGAGAUAUUGGCGCCAGAGAAAGGUCGUGAGGUGGCUAAAGAAAUAGGCGUCCCUUAUUAUGAGACCAGCAUAGUUGCUCAGUUUGGGGUUAAGGAUGUUUUCGACAAUGCCAUCCGUGCAGCCCUCAUUUCCCGUCGUCAUCUCCAAUUCUGGAAGUCGCAUUUACGAAAUGUUCAAAGGCCACUCCUGCAAGCCCCCUUCCUUCCCCCUAAACCCCCUCCACCCAUUAUCACUGUUCCCGCACCAUCCAGUAAUAUCGAAGAGCACCCUAGUCGACUGUUGGAGGACACGCUCUGCGCCGACGUCAUCUUAGUCCUCCAGGAAUGCCAGAGAAUCUUCGCCCACCGUAUCUACCUUGCCACAUCCUCCUCUAAGUUCUAUGACCUCUUCUUGACCGAACCUCGGGGUCCUGAAGAGACCGAACGGGAGCGAGAACGUCCCAGAGGGCCACCGCUUUCUGGCCGCGAUUUGCUAAUGCGCGCAGCUAGUUUUGACGUUUGUGAAAGUAGUGACAAUGGAGAUAGAGCAAACUUGCGUGCCUGCACCAGUGAUGGAACUCUUAAAGGUGAUGGAUAUCGUCGUGGUCGUUUACUCCCAGCCUUGAGUCGUGCUUUCAUUAGCAUCCAAGAAGAAAUGGUGGAUGACCCCAUCACCUUCAACCCUAGAAAAAUGACAGUUGUUCACAUGGACCCUUCAAUGCAGCCUGGUCCAUUCCGAUCGGUGUUGCGGUACCUGUAUACAGGUAAACUAAAUGACCAGGAGAAGGAGCUAAUGCAGGUGGCCCACAUCGCAGAGCUGCUGGAAGUUUUUGACCUGCGUAUGAUGGUGGCCAAUAUUCUGAACGAUGAGGCCUUCAUGAAUCAGGAGAUCACCAAGGCCUUUCACGUGAGACGCACCAAUAGAGUGAAAGAAUGUCUUGCCAAAGGGACCUUCUCUGAUGUGGUGUUCAGGUUGGAUGAUGGCACCAUCAUGGCCCAUAAACCGCUGCUUAUCUCGAGCUGUGAUUGGAUGGCAGCCAUGUUUGGUGGACCAUUUGUGGAGAGUUGUACAAAAGAGGUGCUGUUUCCAAACACUGCGCGGAGCUGCAUGCGUGCUGUGCUGGAGUAUCUCUAUACCGGCUGCUUCUGCUCUCGACCAGAUCUGGAUGCCAUGGAGCUCAUUGUUCUUGCAAACCGUCUCUGUCUGCCUCACCUGGUAGCGCUGACAGAGCUGUACACUGUGAAGGUACUGACAGAAGCUGCUAUGAUGGGAGCAGAUAUAGAUGGAGAUGUUCUGCUCUAUCUGGACAUGGCCCAGUUCCACUGUGCUCAUCAGCUGACCAGCUGGUGCCUCCAUCACAUCUGCACCAACUACAACAGAGUCUGUCGCAAAUUCCCUCGUGACAUGAAGGCCAAAUCUACAGAAAACCUGGAGCACUUUGAGAAACAUCGCUGGCCUCCAGUGUGGUAUCUAAAGGAAGAAGAUCACUACCAGCGGGCGCGCAAAGAGCGUGAGAAGGAAGAUUACCUGUACCAAAAGCGCCAGUGUAAACGCAAGUGGCUCUUCUGGAAUAUACCGUCUUCACCGUCCUCCAAUUCUCCGUCUUCUCCUGGUUCUUCCGCAGUCAUCUGAUCGGCUCUCAGGGUGCAUGACCCACCUAUCAGCCCUAAAUGUGGGAUAUAAACACACAACAAGGAAUGAUAGCCUUUUUCAACUCUAUAAAGAUGACCUGUUCACAUUUUCAGUUGAGCAAAAUGCCCAGGCCCUGCUUUUAGCUGCUGAAGAACAAGCAAAAAUGAAACGGGAUGGAAAACGCAAGUUUAAGCAACAUGAGGCUUUGACUAAAAGCACAUUGCUGAGUCUUUCUACCGGUUGGAUUUUUCAUCGAAUCCGCUUUGACAUCCUACUGUGACAUCAUAUCCUGCAGUAUUAGAGUGCUGCUCAAUUUGCUGUUAAAAGACAAUCUUCGCUCAGCAUUGAUUCCCCAAACAUAACCGUAUCUUAAUCUGUAUAGGAACAUACAUGGCAGGACUGCACACAUUCAUAACGUGAAAUGCUAUCAAGUGCUUUUCAGCUCUGAAAUACUGAGAACACAGCAACAUUUUAGAGCAACCAGCAAACAUAAUCUACAAUCAAACCACUUCAACAGACCGAUGUUCUCAAGAUUCAAAUGGUGUCCACUGUUCAAUAUCUAAAGGUAUUAUUCAUUUGACAUUUAUAGGUUCGUGGAGGGCCACAAGCGCACAUGACUCCAAAGAACUGCAUCAGUCCAUAGCCAUGUUGUGGGUUCAGUGUGAGUUAAACUCCAUUGGCAGCAUCAGGCAUAACGUUGAUUACAGAGAAUCAGAAGAUGCCAUUUACAAUGGAAAAACAUCGCCAGGAAAGAGACACUCAAAAUGCAUACCGUACAGACAAAGUACAAGACUUAAAGUUGCAGUGAAGUAGUGACUUUUCUUCUGAAUUAAGACACAACUCUUAGUGAAAUAGAUUAUAGGAAAAAAGAGAAAAAUGUAGGGCAGGGACUUGGUUCUAUUGGCUGGAUGGAGGCAGAUAUUCAUGAUACUGCAAUAAGAUAGAUAGAUAGAUAGAUAGAUAGAUAGAUAGAUAGAUAGAUAGAUAGAUAGAUAGAUAGAUAGAUAGAUAGAUAGAUAGAUAG